UCUCUCUCUCUCUCUCUGUCUCUGUCUCUCUCUCUCUCUCUGUCUGUCUGGUCUGUCUCUGUUUCCGUAGCGAUCUCCUCUCUCUCCCCCGGAUCCGGCAGCAUAACCCCCUGCACGGAUAGACCUGGCCUUUAUCGUUAUAAAGAUGGAUCCACCGUGGAAUAUCCAGAGAUGCCGUUAUACGCACAACGACCCGGCAACACAGACAAUGAGUUCCCAGUCCUGAGGGGAACCCGUCCAGAGUUACUGCAGUCCUGAGGUGAAUCCGUCCAGAGUUACUGCAGUCCUGAGGUGAAUCCGUCCAGAGUUACUGCAGUCCUGAGGUGAAUCCGUCCGCAGUCCUGAGGUGAAUCCGUCCAGAGUUACUGCAGUCCUGAGGUGAAUCCGUCCGCAGUCCUGAGGUGAAUCCGUCCAGAGUUACUGCAGUCCUCAGAAAGGACGGUGUUUGUCUGCCAAUCCUGUCCGUCCCCCUGGCUGCAGGCUGUAGAAAGGGGUGUGUACUGUCCUGAUGGAGGCGGGACAGCCGUCACCUGACAGCAGUAGUGAAGAGUGUACAGUUUUGGAGGCUCUACCGGACAAGGGACUGGCCUGUCACACACACACCGGCAAGGUGACGGAGCUGUACUGUUCAGGGUGUGAGGUGUGUGUGUGUGAGGUGUGUGUGUCGGGGGAGCAUGCGGACCAUCCCACGGUCCCGUUGUUAGACUUUCUGAAGACACACAGAGACGGGCUGCAGGAGAGACUGACUGCCGCACAGAACAGACUGCCUCAGAUCUCGGAGGCCCUGGUGUCUCUGAGAGAGAUCUUACAGCAGCUGACCAAUCAGAGAGAUUUGAUCGAGGAAGACAUCCACGUCAGCUUCGAAGAGCUCCACAAGACCCUGGACGUCAGGAAGAGUGUCCUACUGAUGGAGCUAGAGGUCACCUACGGACUGAAACAGAAGGUUCUGCAGGCCCAGCUGGACACCCUGCUCCAGGGCCACGGGGGUAUCGCUGACACCUGUACCCAGACAGAGGAGGCCCUGAGCGGGGAGGCCAGCGCCGCGAGCCUGCAGGCUGAGAGAGGCCUAGCGGAGAUACUGGGGGAGCUGGCCAGCCAAGGGCUACCAUUCCAGGCUGAGGAGAAUGAUCAACUGGACUUAGUGAUGGAGGCAGAGGGACUGAGGAAGUCAAUCCACAACCUAGGGACAAUUGUCACUACCAGCGCGGUGGCGAGCCAGAGUGAGGCGUCGGGUGUGGGGCUGGAGCAGUGCAUCGUGGGUCUCCCAGCCUGCGUAACCAUAACGACCAGAGACAAGGCCGGGGGACACUGCAGGAGCGGCAACGCCAUCCUGUCUGCUGAGGUGUGUACUCCAGAUGGUAGCGUGGCCGACGGGGAGAUACUCGACCACAAGAAUGGGACAUAUGAUUUUGUUUACACUGUAAACAAGGAAGGAGAGUUCUCAUUGGCUCUCCGGCUCUAUGACCAGCACAUCAAAGGAAGUCCCUUCAGACUAAGAGUUACCAGGUCCCAGGACCCUGAGGUGUCUCCCCCCACCACCACAGCCACCUCUCUGACGGCCACCGCCACCCCGUCUACAGGCUCCUCUGAGGGGGCUAAGAGGAGAGGAAAGUCCCCAGGGUCUGGGAGUAAGAAGAAGGGAUCCAGGAGGACAGGCAGCGCCCUGGGGACACCCAGACGCAGAGAGAACCCAAUCGAAGAUGACCUCAUCUUCAGGAUCGGUACUAAAGGGAAGAAUAAAGGAGAGUUUACUAACCUGCAGGGUGUGUCAACAUCUUCCAGCGGUAGGAUUCUAAUAGCAGACAGCAAUAACCAGUGUGUCCAGAUCUUCUCUAACGACGGCGAGUUUAAGAGUCGUUUCGGGGUGAGGGGCCGGUCGCCAGGGCAACUCCAACGACCAACCGGUGUGGCCGUUCACCCCAACGGUGACAUCAUCAUCGCCGACUACGACAACAAGUGGGUCAGCAUCUUCUCCAGCGAGGGCAAGUACAAGGCCAAGCUGGGCUCUGGUAGGCUGAUGGGACCAAAGGGCGUGUCCGUGGAUCAGAACGGUCACGUGAUUGUUGUGGACAACAAGGCAUGCACCGUCUUCAUCUUCCAGCCAACCGGCAAGCUCGUUACUAAGUUCGGUAGCCGCGGCAACGGAGACAAACAGUUCGCAGGUCCUCAUUUUGCAGCCGUCAACAAUAACAAUGAGAUCAUAGUGACAGACUUUCACAACCACUCAGUCAAGGUAUUCACCCCAGAAGGAGAGCUUCUUCUGAAGUUUGGCUCUAACGGAGAGGGCAACGGUCAGUUUAAUGCCCCUACGGGCGUGGCCGUCGACCUGAACGGGAACAUCAUCGUAGCCGACUGGGGAAACAGCCGCAUACAGGUAUUUGACAGUUGUGGCUCCUUCCUGUCCUAUAUCAACACAUCAGCUGACCCUCUGUACGGACCUCAGGGUCUGGCUCUCACCUCUGAUGGACACGUGGUGGUGGCCGACUCUGGGAACCACUGCUUCAAGGUCUACAGAUACCUACAGUAGAGAGAGGGAGGGAGCGAGGGAGGGUUGGAGGAUGGACAGAACCACUCCUUCAAGGUCUACGGAUACCUACAGUAGAGGGAGGGAGGGAGCGAGGGAGGGUUGGAGGAUGGACAGAACCACUCCUUCAAGGUCUACGGAUACCUACAGUAGAGGGAGGGAGGGAGCGAGGGAGGGUUGGAGGAUGGACAGAACCACUCCUUCAAGGUCUACGGAUACCUACAGUGAACUUAAAAACGAUGGCCAAUUAAAAUCAGUUCCUCUCUCUGCUCCGACGACAUGUCACUCAUCUGCACUACUAUUGGCCAGAGGUACACAGCGAGAGCAUCUAUUGGCCAACUUCAAAAACAAACCUGGGACCUAACUCUCGGGGCUCGCCAAAACACGGCUCAAUAUGAAACCAACGCCAACCUGUUUAUCUGCUCUUAAACCCGUGUACUGCUUUGGAUUCUACGGAAUAAUGUUAUUGAUUGUUCGAUUGAGGAUUGUCAUGUGACUAUGGUUAUUUUAAUGCUCCGCAGAUAUAUCAAUGAUUCCAUCAAUCGAAUCACAUCAAUUCAUGAUUGGUUGAUUGAUUGAUUGAUGUAUUGAGCUAACAGGCAGCUUGCGACGUUACGCUUGGAUGAGGUAUAUAUAUUCAACCAUCUAUUUUUUUCUGUGGGGAAAAAAAAAAUACUGUCUGUGUCCCAAAUUGCUCCCUAUGGGCCUGGGUCAAAAGUAGUGGACUACAUAGGAAAUAGGGUACAAAUUUGGGAUGUAUAGGGUCUGGUCAAAGGUAGUGCACUACGUAGGGAAUAGGGUGCUGUUUGGGAUACAGACACAGUCGCAAGAUAAAAUGGAAGAGUAUAUAUAUAUAUAUAUAUAUAUUUGUGAAAUUAUAUUUACUAUUAAUACUGAUCAAUAACUGUUAGCAAAUCAAGUUUCAUCAGUGACGUUUUCAACCCCCUUCAUUAGAAAAAUGAAGAGGGAAUAUCAGGCCCGGUGGUUCGAUUCAAUCCGUAUCGCUGAAGUUCAGCGCCAUAACGAGAUUGUAAUUUCUUAUUGAGCCAACAUAUACGGCCGUAAAUGCAGUCUCCAUGAAAGCGGGAAUAUUGCCUUUUCAGUUUAUAUUGCGCUGUAGUGCGUGUCUUCAGCGCUACGGAUUGAAUCGAGCCCGUGAUGUUUGAUUACUCGCCAAGGAUUUGUUUUAUUAUUAUGUGUGCUGUUGCUUGUCAGUACGAUAAUAGAUCACUCAUAACGGAAUACCGGUGUAUUCUAGAACAAUACUAUAGUAUUCUAGAAGCAUGCUUCUUCAUUUCAUCGACCGCAUCAAUCUGUUAGCAUCCAACAAACAGUGAUCUUUUACAACCAUAUCUAGAGUUCCACAAUUCCAGUAAUUUUCCACCAAAUUCCAUAUGCAGGGUUCUCCAGACAUCCUGGUUGAACGAGUCCUUGAAUGAGGAGGGAAUAGGCAGGAAAUCCCGGGAAUCUUUCAACUGGGAUUUCUGGAAAGUUUGCAUGGAAAUUUGGUAAUUUUAGAACCCUAUAAAUCAUAUCAUACUCUAACAUCAGGUUAAUGGGAGGGAUGAGGAAUCUGGAUAAUAAUGGGGAGGACUGGAGGAGGAAUAUGGAUAAUGGGGAGGAUUGGAGGAGGAAUCUGAUUAAUGGGGAGGAUUGGAGGAGGAAUCUGAUUAAUGGGGAGGAUUGGAGGAGGAAUCUGAUUAAUGGGGAGGAUUGGAGGAGGAAUCUGAUUAAUGGGGAGGAUUGGAGGAGGAAUCUGAUUAAUAAUGGGGAGGAUUGGAGGAGGAAUAUGGAUAAUGGGGAGGAUUGGAGGAGGAAUCUGG